AUGUUCUUCAUCGGUCCACUUGCCUUAUUCGCACUCCUCUGCUUCAACCCAACGCUCACAAGAGGACAGUCGAAUGCGACUGUCGUUCUUGAUUAUGGAACCUUCAACGGGGCGACCAACGAUACCUCUGGUAUCGUAUCCUACCUUGGAGUUCGGUUCGCUGACGCACCUGUCGGGGACCUAAGGUGGCGUGCGCCCGUCUCUCCGCCGACAACCCACCUCGGCGAAGUCGAUGCUACCAGCUACGGUGCGACCUGUAUCUCGACGUCACAGUCAUCAACAAUAAAUUUCAAGAAAACAUCAGAAGAUUGUCUCUUCGGAAAUGUUUACGUGCCGAUUGGUACCAACACAUCUAAUCCUUUGCCUGUCUUCGUGUUUUUCCAUGGCGGUGGCUACCAAAGCGGCAAUUCGCACUCGUACACCCCAGAAUGGCUCAUGCAGUCAUCCGCGGAUCCGUUUGUUUUCGUGACAUUUGAGUACCGGCUAGGCCAAUUUGGCUUUCUCGGUGGCUCUCUACUUGCAGCAGAUGGCGUGAUCAAUGCAGGACUCCUUGACCAGCGUGCUGCUCUUCGGUGGGUCCAGCGUUACAUCGGCCAGUUCGGAGGCGAUUCGAGUCGUGUGACCAUAUGGGGUCAGUCCGCAGGAGCAGGUUCGACAAUGUUCCAAGUGAUGGCAAAUGGCGGUGAGAAUGAAGGCUUAUUUCACGCGGCCAUGGGAGACAGCCCAUCUAUGAAUUACAUGCCUCUUUACAAUGAUAGCUAUCCCGAGGAACUGUUCUCACGAUUUGCAUCACUUGCUGGUUGUGGAGGGCUAGGAGGCGAUACACUAGCGUGCUUACGAGCUGCAAAUAGCACGGUGCUCACAAUGGCGGGUAACGCGACUAUCGAUGAACGAACCUCGACUUUGUAUCCAUUCGCCCCAAUCGUCGACGGUACUUUUAUUCGUGAGGGACCCGUAGAGGCGUUUACCAAUGGCCGAUUUGCAAAGGUCCCUGUUUUCUACGGAUCCAAUACCCACGAAGGAGCAAAUUGGUCGGCAGAGCUCCCCGAUCCAGCUGCGAACACCUCUACACCGGGUGCCACAGAAACAACAACGUACAAUUUCAUCCGAGGUCAAUAUGGCAAUUUCACCUCCGAGUCUUUCGACAAGGCACUUGAGUUGUAUCCCAUCGAGGAUUACAGCAACUCGCUCGUACUGCAGGAGCAACAGAUGUAUGCGGAGAUGAGGUACAUCUGUACUGCCAUGCUAGUUGCUGGAAGCGUGGCCAACGCUGGCCUCGCCGCAUAUCUUUAUCACUAUGACAAUCCUCAUCUUGGCGACUACCAUCAUUAUGAGCUCCAAGCGCUGUUCUCGUCAGAAGAACCUGAUCGCACGCCUGAUGCUAAUGACGAAGCACUCUUCGAGACUAUGAGGGAAUACUGGACCUCAUUUGCUACUUUAGGAGCACCGACGGCCGGAUUUGCGCCAACCUGGCAGGUGACGACAUCAUUGAGUGGCGCAAGUCAGCGAAUGCUUUUGCAGCCUGGCAGUAUUCAUUUGGAAGAUGUUACAGAUGGGCUGAACGAUCGGUGCGAGUUCUGGCGUAGUUUAUCUAAAGAGCUACGAACAUGA